AUGUUGCUAUAUGAAUCAGUCUUGAUUCAAACAAAAAGUCAUCCAGCUCCCGUGCAGGAUUUGACGGAGACCAUCCAGCCGGCUUGCUUCCUUUCCGGAACCCUCACCGGUACACGUUACGGGUUCUACGUACAAUAUGUGCGCGAAGCAGUUUCUUUCGAAGACGUGGUUUGUCGAGCUCUAGCACUGUUGCUCCGCUAUCCUUUCAUGAACAAACACGGCUACAGUAACAAUAUGGAUGAGAGUCUGAAGGCGCAUUUACAGCGUAUGCUACCGAACAACGGCCGAAUCUUACCGUCCCAGCUUCAGUCCCUGGCUCAAGGCCUAACAUCAUCAUCUUCCCAUUCUGGCCCACAAAGUCUACUGGAUGGUAUUCCUUCGUUGGGGUCGCCUAUGGGAUUGGAUAUUGCAGCAAUGCUGCAACGUCGGGCUCAGGCCGAAGAACAAGUACGGCUUGAGCUCAUGGCCCGUGCUGCUGGCUUACACAGGUCGUUGCCGAAGCCACUUCCAAACUCCUCGCAAUCCUUCAACGCCUGGAAUCAUCAAUUGUUGGGACACGAUGCGAAACUUAUUUCUUCAGGUCCAUUGCGAAAACGACGACAGCUUAGUGACGCGGGAAUUGCAACUAAAAGGGCGGAUGCAAUUGUUAUAAACCUUCGACGAGCGGAACGCAAAGCUCACUUUCCAUUGCCGGCAGUUUCGGGCGAAGGUUGGCUACCUAGGCGAGGAUCUUUGGCCUCUUUUCACAAGACCUGGGAGAAAUUAGAGGAGAAAGUAAAAGCAAGGGGGAAAUUACAGCCGGACGUUCAAGAGCAAUUGACAUCAGAGCUUUUCCGCCGUUCACUGCAUCGACGAAAUAUGGACCAUCUGUAUCGAAAGGUACACGGGUUGACUUCGAAGGACGCACCGGGCUCGCCGCCAAAGAAACGCAAGGUCCAGGCUGCAGAGGAUUUGGAAGGAAACGUUGAUGCGCGAUAAGAAGAGCAGCUUAUACACCAUGUUACGGGCCGGGCCUCGAGCGAAUGUGUACAUAGGAUUCCGAAAGGUACGGAACAAUUAAUGUACUAAACUUUGUGCGAACGCCCUUUCAGUUUUUGCUGAUCAUCCCGGAGCAACUAUUAAGCGUGUUUGCCGUGUGGAUUGUACAGAGAAGGCCUCUCCUUGGAUUGCCAAAGAUCUCAGCUGUUUGUAUUAUCAACAAAUCAAUUUAGUUUUGGAAAACAAAUUGAUUAACGUCAGGCCGACGAUUUAUCUUCUAACUGUAAGUUCAAUGGCGGCAGAGUAGAUGUACGGAAGAGAGUACUAAGCAUUGUCGACAAAGACAACAAAUUCCUUGUGUAGGGAAAUUUGGUACGAUUGCCUCUAUCUGCAUCGCGUUCUAAUCGCCGGCAGAGAGAACGUGAAAGCGGAAGACGUCACGAGUGUCACUAUGUUAACAAAGUCCCCAUGUGAGUGGAGAUUUUCGACUGGCCCGUAAGUUAGUAAACAGGAUUCUCUGGACGUUGUCAGUGUGCAUUCGUCUGCCGUCACGUUUUUUUGUGAUUUGUCAGUUCUAGCAUUAUCAACAGGCUGUGUACGACUAGUACC